AUGGGAAAGGGACGUCGCAUGAAGAAGCAGGGGCCUCCUGCCCCCCUGGAUGAGUCGAAGAUUACAAUCCUGAAAAAGCGCAAGGCCGCUGAGGCCGCUGAGGCCGAGUCGGCUCCCAAAGCUGUCGCAGCUAAGAAGCGUCGGAGAUCUGAUGCUGAUGAGGAGGAUGUUGCUCCCAAGAAGGUUGCUCCCAAGAAGUCCAAGGUGAACAGUGCGGCCGCGAAUGGCACUGGAAAGGAGAAGAAGAAGGUUGUCGCAGAGAAGAAGAAGCCUGUGCCAAUGGACUCCGACUCUGAAGAUGAAGAGAUGGACGACGAAUUUGGUGACCUGGAUGAUGUUAGCGAGGGAUCAUUGGAUAGUCAGGAGGCUCUCGAACGCUUGUCUGAUCUGGAGGAUGAUGAGGAUGAUUCAGUCCUUGAUUCUGACGAGGAGGAUCACCCCCGUGAGGCCAUGUUCUCCGACGACGAAGACCUUUCCGAUGCCGAGGAACGACUGACUGCCGCCAAUAUCGAGGGACUUUCUCGGAAAUUGGAUCUCCAGAGACAGGCUGAGGAGGAAGAGGCCGAGCAGGAAUUGCAAGAGGCUGCUAUGCAGACCAACAUUGCCGGUGACCGCCCCGAUGUCUUCGCCGACGAGACCCAGCCUGCUGGACUUGCUCCCGAUUUGCAGCUCCUGCGCCAGCGUAUCACAGACACCAUCCGUAUUCUGGGCGACCUGAAGACCCUUGGACAAGCCGAUAAGUCUCGCGCCGACUACGUCGAUCUCCUGUUGAACGAUAUCUGCACCUACUACGGCUACACCCGCUACCUGGCUGAGAAGCUUUUCAACCUCUUCACCCCCAUGGAGGCAUUCGCCUUCUUCGAAGCUAACGAGACACCCCGCCCCGUCGUCAUCCGUACCAAUACUUUGCGAACCAACCGUCGUUCUCUCGCUCAGGCCCUCAUCAACCGCGGUGUCGUCCUCGAGCCCGUUGGCAAGUGGUCCAAGGUCGGUCUGCAGGUCUUCGAGUCUCCCGUGCCUCUUGGUGCCACCCCCGAGUACUUGGCCGGUCACUACAUUCUGCAAGCUGCAUCUUCUUUCCUGCCCGUCAUGGCGCUGGCUCCUCAGCCCGGCGAGCGUGUUCUCGAUAUGGCCGCCGCCCCCGGUGGUAAGACUACCUACAUGUCUGCUCUCAUGCGCAACACUGGUUGUGUGAUCGCCAACGAUGCCAGCAAGCCCCGUGCCAAGGGUUUGAUUGGUAACAUUCACCGUCUCGGCUGCAAGAACACCAUCGUGACCAACAUGGAUGCCCGUACUGCUUUCCCUAAGGCCAUGGGUGGCUUCGACCGUGUCCUCCUCGACGCUCCUUGCACCGGUACUGGUGUUAUCUCUAAGGAUGCCGGUGUUAAGACCUCCAAGGAUGAGAACGAUUUCCUCCGCAUUCCCCACAUGCAACGACAGCUGCUUCUGGCCGCUAUCGACUCCGUGGACCACUCGUCCAAGACCGGCGGUUACGUGGUCUACUCCACUUGCAGUGUCACCGUGGAGGAAAACGAGGCUGUCGUGCAGUAUAUCCUGCGCAAGCGGCCCAACGUCAAGAUCGUCGAUACUGGCCUCGGUGAUUUCGGUAGCCCCGGCUUCAUCAGCUACAUGGGCAAGAAGUUCGAUGCCAAGAUGGCUUUGACCCGCCGCUACUUCCCUCACCGCGAGAACGUUGAUGGUUUCUACGUCUGCAAGUUGAAGAAGACUGGCCCAACUCCUGUGGCCAAGCCUGCUGACGACACUACCUCUUCGGCUGAUCGCCACCCCCGCCGUGCCAGCUCCAAGGUUUCUACCGACGACGAGGAAGUCUAUGACAAGACUCCUAUUGUCGAUGAAGACGGUGCUGCUAUGCACUUUGAGGGCGGUGCCUUCGGUCCAUUCGAGGAUGGCGAUGACGAUAAGGAGCGCAUUGCUCGUGCUGAGCGUAACCGUCUGCGUCGCAAGGGUCUCAACCCUAAGGGUGUCCUGAACAAGCCCAAGAAGACCAAGGAGGAGGCUUCGUCUAAGACUGCCUUGGCUAAGACCGAGUCCACUCCGGAGAAGACCAAGGAGAAGAAGGAGGCCACCAAGCCCGAGGCAACUAAGACUGAAGCCGCUAAGCUCAAGACCGAGACUGCUAAGCCCAAGACUACCAAGAAGUCCUCCAAUCAGAGCAAGGGCGAGAAGAAGACCGUGACAAAGGCGGAGAAGGGAGACAAGAAGGAGAAGAAAUCGGCCAAGAAGGCAAGCAAAUGA